AUGUCUUCUUUAAAUUUGACUUUCUCGACUUCUCUACCAGCUUCCUAUACGAUUAGAGCAGAGGACAUUGUCGAAGUCCUCUGCCAUCGCAAAGUCACAGAAACCGAAGAGUAUCUCGUGCGAUGGAAGACCAAGCCCCCUACCCCUACGCCACCUUACGCGCCUGCAUCCUGGCACGCGCUCUCCGACCUGUACCGAUGUCUGCGUCACGUGCAAGCAUACAUUGAGAAUGCGCAGAGCAAGUAUGACCUGACUGCUCUCAACACUUCACUUACUUCGACAUCUAGCAGAAAAAGGAAGUCACCCGACGCGGAUCCGGUACCGACACGUGACCUCGCGACAAAUGGUCUCCUCACCCCAUGGACUGAAAGAUCACUCUCACCAGCUAACGUCAGUGAUAUCAAGACUGAGGCCAUCAAUGCGGCAGAUCUUGGACCACGUGUGUACAAUGCCAUUUUACAACGCAAAGAAGGUUACCUCUUCGCCAAGAAGCCAGCCGACUGGAAGGAGAGAGAUGAUAUCGCCAAGGUCAAUUGCCGCACAUUACCUACGGAGGCUAUGAUCGAAGUUGCCAAGAAGACUCCAGUGUCACAAGCGGAGUCGGCAAUACGACACAAGUUCUUGCACCUCCUCAGGCCAGUGAAGGGUGUUCAGCUCAGGAAUGAUGUGGACUCCGCUACUCCAUCACUCAACUUUACCUUCAUUGACAAGUAUGUGCUACGCAAUGGCAUAUAUGAGCACCCUCCAGAAUCGUAUGAGGGCUGUGUCACGAGAUGCAAGCCUGACAUGGGUCAAGGCGUUGGCUGCGAAUACACCGCGUGGUGCGAGUGCUUAGAGUACGCUGCCGUUGACGAGGAGCGGUUGUCGAGGAAGGAUCCCGAACUCUACGAGAAGUACCAACUCGACAAGCUCCAGGACACAUCUGGUCUGCCCAAGCGGUUUCCCUACAGGAAAUCCAAUCGAAACGACACGAAACGUCCGCAGACGCUGCAGCCAUUUUACUUGAAGUCACGGAACGCCAUCUACGAGUGCAACGACAACUGCAGGUGUGGCCCUGUCUGCAAGAGUCGCGUCGUGCAGAAAGGCCGUAGGGUUCCACUCACCAUCUUCAAGACUCGCAACCGCGGCUGGGGAGUUUGCUGUAACGAAGACUUGGUAGAGGGCGAAUUCAUUGAUACUUACCUCGGAGAAGUCAUCACAGACGAAGAAGCGAACAAGAGGGAAGGUACAUUCGGCAAGGAAAAGAACUCAUACUUCUACCAGCUCGACAAGUUCGUUGGCGACCCUUUACCUGGGGUCGGCGAACUCACGUCUGAGAUGUGCUACAUCGUGGACGGCCAGUACAUGGGGAAUGCUACACGGUUCAUCAACCACAGCUGUGAGCCUAAUUGCCAUCAAUACACUGUGUCGUACAACAAACACGACAUCCGGCUCUACAACCUGGCUUUCUUUGCCAGCGAGGACAUCACAGCAGGAACGGAGCUGACUUUCGACUAUCAAGACGAAGACGAAGUGGAGGACGAAGUGGCCAUUCAACGCCGGGAGGCGGCCGAACAGAACCCGGCGAACCAGGGCAGGAUUAGGUGCAACUGUGGUGCACCAAAGUGUCGGGGUUUCCUUUGGUGA